CGCGAACUAGUUCGGUUCGUGUGCAGCAGAACGCAAAGUACAACAGGAUUUUUUUCGCUCCGUGUGACGUGAAAAGUGCACAUAAUAUUUGUUCAAAUUAGUUUAAGUCUAGUUAACUAGCCAAACAAAUAGCCAUGUCGUUUGCGGAAAAGAUAACGGGCCUGCUGGCACGGCCGAAUCAACAAGAUCCAAUUGGACCCGAGCAGCCCUGGUAUCUCAAAUAUGGAAGUCGACUACUGGGCAUUGUGGCCGCUUUCUUUGCCAUACUUUUCGGCCUGUGGAAUGUGUUCUCCAUUAUCACUCUCAGCGUUACCUGCCUGGUGGCUGGCAUCAUACAAAUGGUGGCAGGAUUUGUGGUGAUGCUCCUGGAGGCGCCCUGCUGCUUCGUCUGCUUCGAGCAGGUCAACAUGAUCGCAGAUAAGGUGGACUCCAAGCCCUUGUACUUCCGGGCCGCGCUCUACAUUGCCAUGUCUAUUCCGCCCAUUAUCAUGUGCUUCGGACUUGCCAGCUUAUUCGGCAGUGGCCUGAUCUUUGGCACAGGCGUCGUGUACGGAAUGAUGGCGUUAGGCAAGAAAGCGUCCGCCGAAGAUAUGCGGGCAGCUGCCCAGCAAACCUUUGGAGGAAAUACGCCCGCCCAGACCAACGAUCGAGCGGGGAUUGUGAACAAUGCCCAGCCCUUCUCCUUCACCGGCGCCGUGGGCACAGACAGCAAUGUGUGAUCCGGAAGCUAGCUGAUCGGGAUAGCGGAGAGCUGGGUGUGCCGUGAGAAAACAAGACUCAAAACGCAACAUUUGAAGGCAAACCUAACCAAGAGAACAUCAGCAGGCAAUCUACAUAAUCAUGUGCAAUUUCAAAUUGUUCAAUAACCAACGCAAAGGAAUCACAAGUGUUUUUUAAAUCCGAUUCGCUCUGAUCUCCUUCUAGAGCAAUCCAAAUUAUUCAAUCAGACGACCCCCUCAACAAAAAAAAAAGGAAAAUCAUUCAAUUAAUAAACAGUUUUGUAUUAAAUGUAUGUAAAUGUCUACUAGGUUAAAAUGCGUUUUGCGUUUUCUAAAUCCUAUUAAUUGUGUUGCCUGUGUCCCAUCAUUCCAAAUUAUUUGGUUUCAACUAAGUAGAAAUUGCAAAUAAAUUAUUGAACGACA